CCACAGUCGGAUAUCGGCACUGUGCCAUAGGUAGGCACGAUUAUACCUUCGGUAGGGACUGCAGGUGCGUUGCCAUUAUGGCACCACCCUGCAGCUGAUCAGGACCUUCCAAGUUACCUAGGCAGCUGGGUUAUGUAUGUUUCCGUGCCUAGCUUCGGAUCGUCCCUUCGACAUGGCAUUCUAUUCCUCAGGUGACGACUGGGCGAACCCUUACAUAUAUGUCAAUCGUCAAUCGCUAAUGGUCAAUUGGAAUGACUCCAAUUCUUUGUUCUACACUCCUCACAACCAAGGACCCAAGGAAACGUCAUUGACAUUGCGAACUCAUUCACUUUCAUCAACAAGAGAUUCUCAAGCACCGAAAAAGACAUGAUGAAGUCUAUCCUGGCAUUAGCAACAGCGGUGGUUGUGGCUGUUACGGGGAUUGGAAUUGCUGCAGCUGAUGCAGACAUCGAUGCCCGCUCGCUUUCUCUCACAUCGGCAGAUGUGCCGACAUUCAGUUCAACUACCUAUUAUACUCCGACGUUGACCUCAUCAGGCUCCUCAUAUGCGUCGUCUGGAUCUGACACUUCCACUGGUUCGUACUCGGCACCGACGGUCUCGACAACUCCAUUUGCAAACGUUACAUCGGCUGGGACUGCGACGCAGACUCUCGGUGGCAUCACACAUUCUGCAACGAUCAGCGGGUCCUUGACCGAAACCCCGAGCACAUCAUCAACAUCAACAUCAACAUCCAGCGCUGCUGCAUCACCUGCUAAGAGUAGAGUUGCUGUGAUGGCUGGUAUAUUCGGCCUCUUGGUUGCGUUGUGAAGUAGCCGAGAUGUCAUGGAUGAGGAUAGCCACUUGGAAUUGGUGUUGGUUCCGGAGCUCUGGAGUUGUUAAAGACUAUUGUUACGUUUGUCUGGAGUUACCGUGUUGCCGAGAAUGUUUAUGAACUGGAGAUUUUUGGAGCAAGGACCUGGAUAUUGAUACCUAGAUCGGAGGACUUGCUAUGAAAAGAUGUAUAUUUUGUAUGGGCGAGAAUACGUUUGCUGGACCACGCAGAGCACCACAUCAUAGGUUAACAAUUUGGAUGUAACCCUAUAGUAAUGGUAAUAAAAAAGCCGUCAUAUUAAAUUGAUCUUUGAUAUCUGUAAGGAAUUGAAAAUAUUUAAUC